AUCAGCAGGCGGAAGUUCACGCCCAUCAACUAAAAACACCCACUUGAAAAAUUCCACAAAAAAUUUAACUUUUGAUUUUGUGCAUUUUUGUCCGCUUUUGAUGCUUCUUUAAAGCGCAAUUCCAAAAUUCGUUUGAAAUUUAAAUGAAGACAUCAUAGACCACAGAAGAAAUUACGAUGGCUGAUAUAUCCGGCAAGAAAAUUAGCGCACCAGACUUUGUUCCCAAGAAAUACGUGAAAGAGCUUUCGCAAAGAUGCGUCGGAAAAAUGGAAUUGGUCAACCAGAGGCAGAAGAUGCAAUCCCUGUCGGACGAAACCAACUUGCAGUUGAAGAGGAACGUUUUUCAAAAUUACAUGCAGUUCAUCGAAACUGCCAAGGAAAUAUCUCAUCUGGAAAGUGAAAUGUAUCAACUUUCCCAUUUAUUGUCUGAGCAAAGGGAACUCUUGUCUAGCUUUUUGGAAACUUCGAUUGUUGGUGGAAGCAAAAGUCAGCAUUUGGACAAGGAUAAACAACCUGAAGUUGUGAAAAAGAAUGAGGAGGAGGGAAGACGAAAGCUUGCGUCAAUAAUCGAGAGAGUAGAGGGAUGCGUUUCGCUUCUCGAUGUUCCUGGCCGAGUCUUGCUGCACGACAGUGACCUUGUCGAACUGGAUAUCAAUGACAACUCUGCCAUCCAGAGGUACCACGGUUACUUGCUCAAUGACAGCGUUGUCCUCGCAAGUUGGAUACCAAACAGACGAGGCCCUGUUAGAUACAAAUUCCAAGUGCAAUACCCUUUGGACAGCCUUGCCGUGGUGAAUGUUCGAGAUUUGGGAAAUAUCAUCCACGCCUUCAAAUUCCUGGCUUUUCCAGAUACCAGACUCUUCCAGUGUUCCUCAGCAACCCACAAACAAGAGUGGAUGGUUGCUUUUGAUGCAGCCAAAAAAUCAAAUUUGAAGGAAAAUCAAAUGAACCAACAGAGGGAGUCGGUCUCUGAAAGGCCCGUCUCUGUUAUUUCUCGAGGAUACUCGACUGAGUCAACAAGUCGUAAGCCUCAAAUUGAAUUUAUAUUUUUAAAUUUGAAACAAAAAUUUUCAGCUUUUGAUGAGCCAGUUGCAGACCCCACCCCAGAGCAGCUCAUUCCAGAGUGGCUCCUUGAGGCUCCAGACGAGCUCGACGUCUGCAUUGCUCAGAGACACUUUGAGGAUGCGUACAAUGUGAUUGUCAAGUGCAAAGAAAGUUGGGACGAAAUCCCACCGAGCCCAAAACUUCACUUAAUCCAGAGGAAAAUCGAAUCCAGAGUUCGAACUUUGACGGAAGUUCUGAUGAAAGAACUGGAGGUCUUGCCAGAUAGGUCCUUCCAGGGUGGGCUGAGAGCUGCGAGGAGGGCGGUUCGACUCCUGAAUCUUCUCGGCUGCUCUUCGCAAGCGUGCAAACUGUUCCUUGAAUUGAGCAGUUCUGUAAUUAAAACUCAGCUGAAGUGGACAAUGCGUGAAGGGGUCACUGUCCAGUUCAUCACUCAACUGGGCAACAUUUUCUUUUCCAACAUCAAGGACGUCAUGCAGGAGUUUUUGAAAUCGUUCCCUAGGACGUCCAGCUGUCUCUCUUCCUUCAUUGUGUGGGCCGAAAUGGAACUGACCACAUUUGUCACUCUUCUCAACAAACACAUUUUCCUGCCUCAGUCGUCACUCGACUCCAUUGCUGAUUGCUUCUCGUCAAUUAGAAAAUUGUGUUCUGAGCUCUGUGAGCUUGGUCUGGACAUCGUGUAUAUUUUAGACGGACUUCUGCGGUCACCCUUGACGAGAGUCAUCCAGGACAAUACAAAGAAAACCAUCGAUUCGAUUCGCGUGAAAGCAGCCGACGACACUUGGCGUCAGACUAAUCUCAUGAGCAAAGAUGCAAGAACAAAACUGUUGCAGCAAUUCACCGACUUAGGCAUCUCAAAUAUUCACAAGUACACUUAUGGGGAAACAUGGUUGUGUUUGUCGUCAAAUACAAUUUCGUUCACCAAACGCUACCUUCAGUACGUUGAGUCGUUGCUCAUCCUCUGCAUCCCAGAGCUGGAGUUCAGCGUCCAUCACUCUCUGGCUGUUGUGCUGCGGGAGCAACUUGUGCAUGUUCAACAAAGUGUGGGCAAGGAUGGUUUCGACCAGGCCACAGUCGAGAAAAACGGAAACUUCCUUGUUGGCGAACUGCUGCCGUUGGUGAUGAAAAAGUUUGAUUCCGCAAUUGGACACCCGUGCGAAAAUUUAGAACAACUGGCUAAGGAGUUCGCAAGCCUGGCCCCAAAGUCUGUGACCAAAUAUUCCACUACUGUUUAUAUUUAAUUGUGUAAUCUAUAUUAGAGAAACAUAAUAUAUAAAUUAAUUUUGUUCUGAAAAAUUAUUAAUUCAAUAAAACCAUGAUAUUUAAA